AACAGUUUGCAAACCGAGGGGAGUUGUGAAGGGCGCGGGCUGGGGGUGCGCUGCUGGCCUCGUGCGUACGUCCGCUGCCACGUUUGUCCUAAAGCUGGGACCAGAGGAACGGAGGCAAGAGGGCCACAAUGGCAGCCACAAUCAGAAGGCAGACGCCAAGGAGGCCAGCCUUUUGGGUCUUGAUGACUGUGCUCUUGGCAAACAUGUUGGCACUGAGUGACACGCUGGCAGUAAUGUCUGUGGACCUGGGCAGUGAGUCCAUGAAGGUGGCCAUUGUCAAACCUGGAGUGCCCAUGGAAAUUGUCUUGAACAAGGAAUCACGGAGGAAAACCCCAGUAACUGUAACUCUGAAAGAAAAUGAAAGAUUCUUUGGAGACAGUGCAGCAAGCAUGGCCAUCAAAAAUCCGAAGGCUACACUGCGUUACUUCCAGCAGCUACUGGGGAAGCAGGCAGAUAACCCCCAUGUGGCCCUUUACCGGGCCCGUUUCCCAGAGCACAAGCUGGGUAUUGACCCACAGAGGCAGACUGCGCACUUCCAGAUCAGCCCGCAGCUGCAGUUCUCACCUGAGGAGGUGCUGAGCAUGGUUCUCAAUUACUCCCGGUCCCUGGCUGAAGAUUUUGCAGAGCAACCCAUCAAGGAUGCAGUGAUCACCGUGCCAGCCUUUUUCAACCAGGCCGAGCGCCGAGCUGUGCUGCAGGCUGCUCGCAUGGCUGGCCUCAAAGUGCUGCAGCUCAUCAACGACAACACCGCCACUGCCCUCAGCUACGGUGUCUUCCGCCGGAAAGAUAUCAACACCACUGCCCAGAAUAUCAUGUUCUACGACAUGGGCGCAGGCAGCACCGUGUGCAGCAUUGUGACCUACCAGACGGUGAAGACUAAGGAGGCAGGGAUGCAGCCACAGUUGCAGAUUCGGGGCAUAGGAUUUGACCGCACUCUGGGGGGCCUGGAGAUGGAGCUCCGGCUGCGUGAGCAUCUGGCUGGGCUUUUCAAUGAGCAGCAAAAGGGCAAGAGCUCGAAGGAUGUGCGGGAGAACCCUCGUGCCAUGGCCAAGCUGCUGCGUGAGGCCAAUAGGCUCAAAACCGUCCUGAGUGCCAAUGCUGACCACAUGGCUCAGAUUGAAGGCCUGAUGGACGAUGUGGACUUCAAGGCAAAAGUGACUCGUGCGGAGUUUGAGGAGUUAUGUGUGGACUUGUUUGAGCGGGUGCCUGGGCCCGUGCAACAGGCUCUCCAGAGUGCCGAAAUGAGUUUGGAUGAGAUCGAGCAGGUGAUCCUGGUGGGUGGGGCCACUCGGGUACCCAAAGUACAGGAGGUGCUGCUAAAGGCCGUGGGCAAGGAGGAGCUAGGGAAGAACAUCAAUGCAGACGAAGCAGCCGCAAUGGGGGCUGUGUACCAAGCAGCUGCACUCAGCAAAGCUUUCAAGGUGAAGCCGUUCAUAGUCCGGGAUGCAGUUGUCUACCCCAUCCUGGUGGAGUUCACAAGAGAGACGGAGGAGGAGCCUGGGGUUCGCAGCCUGAAGCACAACAAGCGUGUGCUCUUCUCCCGGAUGGGGCCUUACCCUCAACGCAAAGUUAUCACCUUUAACCGCUACAGCCAUGAUUUCAACUUUCACAUCAACUAUGGGGACCUGGGCUUUCUGGGGCCUGAGGAUCUUCGGGUAUUUGGCUCCCAGAAUCUGACCACAGUGAAGCUAAAAGGCGUGGGUGAGAGCUUCAAGAAGUAUCCCGACUAUGAGUCCAAGGGCAUCAAGGCUCACUUCAACCUGGACGAGAGUGGUGUGCUGAACCUAGACAGGGUAGAGUCUGUAUUUGAGACUCUGGUGGAAGACAGCCCAGAAGAGGAAUCCACUCUUACCAAGCUUGGCAAUACCAUUUCCAGCCUGUUUGGAGGUGGUGCCACACCAGAUGCCAAAGAAAAUGGUACAGAUACUGUCCAGGAGGAAGAGGAAGGCCCUGCUGAGGGGAGCAAGGAGGAGCCUGGGGAGCAGGCAGAGCUCAAGGAGGAAGCUGAGGCCCCAUCGCAGGAUACCUCUCAGCCCCCACCCCCUGAGCCUAAGGAGGAUGCAGCUGCUGAUGGAGAAAAGGCUGCAGGAAAAGAAAAUGGGGAGAAGUCUGAGGCCCAGAAGCCAAAUGAGAAGGGGGAGGCAGGACCUGCUGGUGUCUCUCCAGCCCCUGAGGAAGAAAAGAAGCAGAAACCUGCCCGGAAGCAGAGAACGGUGGAGGAGAUUGGAGUGGAGCUGGAUGUUCUGGAUCUACCUGACUUGCCGGAGGAGGAGCUGUCUCGUUCCAUGCAGAAACUUCGGGACUUGACACUCCGAGACCUACAGAAGCAGGAACGGGAGAAAGCUGCCAACAGCUUGGAAGCUUUCAUCUUUGAGACCCAGGACAAGCUGUACCAGCCCGAGUACCAGGAAGUGUCCACUGAGGAGCAGCGUGAGGAGAUCUCUGGGAAACUCAGCGCCGCUUCCACCUGGCUGGAGGAUGAGGGCUUUGGGGCCACCACAGUGAUGUUGAAGGAGAAGUUGACUGAGCUGAGGAAGCUAUGCCAGGGGCUGUUUUUCCGGGUGGAAGAGCGCAAGAAGUGGCCUGAACGGCUGUCUGCCCUUGAUAGCCUCCUCAACCAUUCCAGCAUGUUCCUCAAGGGGGCCCGGCUCAUCCCAGAGAUGGACCAGAUCUUCACGGAGGUGGAGAUGGCUACGUUAGAGAAAGUCAUCAAUGAGACCUGGGCCUGGAAGAACACAACUGUGGCUGAGCAAGCCAAGCUUCCCGCCACAGAGAAGCCUGUGUUGCUCUCAAAAGACAUCGAGGCCAAGAUGAUGGCUCUGGACCGCGAAGUGCAGUAUCUACUCAAUAAGGCUAAGUUUGCCAAGCCCCGGCCCCGGCCCAAGGACAAGAAUGGGACCCGGGCAGAGCCUCCCCUCAAUGCCAGUGACCAGGGGGAGAAGGUCAUCCCUCCGCCAGGCCAGCCUGAAGAUGCAAAGCCCAUUUCAGAACCUGAGACAGUAGAGACUAGAUCUGAACCAGCAGAUGCUGAGCCUCUGGAGUUAGGAGGUCCUGGAGCAGAAGCUGAGCAGACAGAGCAUCCUGCAGAACAGAAGCGGACUUUGAAGAAUGACGAACUAUAACCCCACCUCCCGUUUCCCCAUCUUCCCCACCCCCUUCUCCCACCACCUCUAUUUAUUGUACGCCGAGGGUAGGGGGGUUAGUCCUGCCCUCGGGGGGCUGAGUUCCUUCUGUGUCACCUGUGGCUGGACAUGUGGAGAAGGGAAAGGAAAGGACAGCUCAUCGUUCUUUCUGGAG